AUGUCCCAAAAACCUUUAAUUAUUGUAAGCGGAGCUACUGGUGCUCAAGGUGGAUCCGUUGUUAAUUCACUUCUUGCUACAGGACUUUACAAAAUUCGAGCAUUAACUCGUAACCCAAAUUCCGACAAAGCAAAAGCGUUGGAAUCCAAAGGAGCUGAAGUAUUUAAAUGCGAUUUAUCUGUUAGGGAAGAAGUUGAGAAUGCCUUAAGCGGUGCUGAUAUUGCUUGGAUUGUUACUAAUUUCUUGGAUCCUUCAAUCAUUGGUAAAGAUCCUGGUGAAGAAGAAAGACAAGGUAAAAUGAUUGCAGAUAUCGCUAAAGAAAAAGGACUCAACUGGUUAAUAUACAGUUCUCUUCCUGAUUCUACUACUGAAUCUGGUGGAAAAUAUCCCGAUGUCACCCAUUUUACCGGUAAAAAUCAUGUAGAACAAUACAUCAGGAAAUUAGGAAUUCCAAACGUGACUUUUGCGUAUCUCAGUUUCUAUAGCCAAAAUAUUGGAACUUUUUUCUUACCCCUUAUUUCGAAUGAAAAUGGUGAGAUUGAUCUUGUUAUUCCUUAUUUCGAAGAAAAUGAUCAGCUUCUUUUGAUCGAUGUCAGGGAUACUGGUCCAAUUAUUGCAAAAAUAAUUGAAGAAGGGCCUACUAAAUGGAAUGGUAAAAAAGUUCCUAUUGCUAGUGAGAAUGUUACUAUUAAACAGAUUACUGAUGUAUUGACCAAAGUUACCGGAAAAACUCAUAAAGUAAGAACUCUUAACGAUGAAGAUAUCGCCAAAGAUUUUCCAACUUUAAACAACAAAUCACUCAAACAAAUGUUUAAAUAUGAAAAAGAAUUUGGAGCUAUAGGAAAAGAUAAUGAACUUCAAGAUAUUACUAUUGCUAAGAAGCUACAUCCAAACAUUAAAACCUUCGAGCAAUAUAUACUUGAAACUUAUGGAAAAUCAGAUUAA